AGAAAGAAAAUUAGAAAAAUUUAAAGAGCAAAUAACAAAUAAUAUUGCUAUUGAUGAAGAAGAAUUAAAAGAAUGUGAAAAAUUAAAAAAAGAAUUAGAAAGAUUAGAAAAAUUAAAAUGGACAGGUGAAUAUUAUAAAAAGAUAUAUGAACUUUCUAAAAGAUUAACAAAUUAUUUUAAUACAGAAGAAGGACAAAAAACUGUUUAUAAUAUAUCAUCUCAUUUACCAAAGGUUCAUAAUUUUUUACCUAAUAAAAAAGGAGAACAAAAUCCAAAUAAUUUUACUGUUGCUAUUUGUACUGGUGGUGGACCAGGGUUUAUGGAAGCAGCUAAUAAAGGAAGUAAAGAAGCUAAUGGAAGAUCGUUGGGAUUUAUGAUUUCAUUACCUUUUGAAAAGGGAGCUAAUCAAUAUGUUGAUAGAAAUUUAUCUUUUAAAUUUCAUUAUUUUUUUACAAGAAAAUUUUGGUUAAUUUAUUUAUCAUUAGCAUUUAUUGUAUUGCCAGGAGGAUUUGGUACGUUAGAUGAGUUAAUGGAAAUAUUAACUCUAAAACAAUGUAAGAAAUUUAAAAGAAAUGUACCUAUUGUAUUAAUAGGAAAAGAUUUCUGGUCAGGUAUUUUGAAUUUUAAAAAAUUAGCUGAAUAUGGUCUUAUAUCUCAGGAUGAUUUAAAUGGUAUAUUUAUAACGGAUUGCAUUGAUGAAGCAUAUAACCAUGUAAUUACCCAUUUAAAAAAACCUUGUUAUUUGUAUGAUGCUAAAUCAAAGUUUAAAUAA